AUCGACACGUUGUGGUCUAUCUUGGUUUACUUACAAAAUGUUUGCAACAGGUAAACGACAUAACAACGCAAACUAGAUAGUAUAACGUACAUUCCCCAUGCACUGCAGUUGGGCCAAAUGCGGUGACGUUUCUUUCUCUCGCGGCAUAUAUCACACAGCGGAUACACUUUUGCAGAUUAACCAUGACUGCUAAACGACCUUAUUAGACUCCAAAGUAGACACGUAGGUCCCUCUAAGUUAAGAUGAACAUUGAUGACAAGCUGGAGGGGAUGCUGCUGAAGUGUGGUGGGGGAGUGGAUGAGAGUGUGGGGUUAGGGGGUGGAGGUCCAGUCGUCAUGACCCUGGGCGAGCGGGGGUUAGAUCACCACCCCCUGUUAGCAGACGAUGAUGAAGACGAUGAUGAUGACCUGACAGGGGUUUCAAUGGUGUCCCAUGACCUGAUCCCAACUGAUGAGAUGGUGGUACAUGAGGAGACUGUGAAUGGCAGGGAAUGGGGAAUGAAUCAGAGACUCUCACACAAGCUGCCUGUAAGCAUCAAACAAGAGUUGAAGCUGACUUCUGAUCAACUAAUGCUGGGGAAGAAAGAAAGAAAGCCCAGAGACCUCACAGAGUGUCACAAGAAGAAGAAGCGAAAGCAGCGCUCUCCUGCCAAGAUUCUCACCAUCAAUGAGGAUGGGUCAUUGGGUCUCCAGAGUCCAAAGUGUCAUGUGUGUGUGCACUGCAACGCAGCCUUCCGAACCAACUACCAUCUACAAAGACAUGUAUUCAUCCACACUGGUGAGAAGCCAUUUCAGUGCAGCCAGUGUGAUAUGCGCUUCAUACAGAAGUACCUUCUCCAGAGACAUGAGAAAAUCCACACUGGUGAGAAGCCCUUCCGCUGUGAGGAGUGUGGCAUGAGGUUCAUUCAGAAAUACCACAUGGAGAGGCACAGAAGGACCCACAGUGGAGAGAAGCCCUAUCAAUGUGACUACUGCCACCAGUACUUCUCCAGAACUGACCGGGUUCUAAAGCACAGGCGCAUGUGCCAUGAGAUGAAGGAGAGGAAAGCCCACAAGGCUGCAGCAGUGGGGAAAGAUGGAGGACUCCUGCGCAACACAGAAUCUCUGGGCUUUUCCUUCUCUGCCAAAGAGUGCUCGCUGCCCAAGAAAAAACGCUUGAAGACUUCAGACAAGUCUCAAUGCUCAGCUGCUGUCACUGAAGACAUUUCCACGGUCGCUUCUCUUGGCACCAUGGAUAAGGAGGUGGAGCAAAGACCGAACAAAAUCGAAUGUCUACCUCUCUAUGCAGUUACCUCCAAGGCGGUCAAAGAUGAGUAUGUGGUGGCAGAUUAUUCUGUGGAGCUUCCAGACUCGUCCGGCGAGCAGCAUUUGGGGCUGGGUGGGGAGAAUCUCUCCUCUGAGGAGAUUCAUCCUCCCAAGCUGGUCCUUAAGAAGGUCCCCAAGAGGAGUUUGAAGCAACCAACUGAACCCGAACCACCUGUGAGUCUGUCCCCUUUGUCCUCUUUUGAAGAUGGCAAAAUCACCAGGUACACGUUUGAGAUCGUGGACAAACAAGGUCUUCUGGAUGUGGAUGUGGCCAAUUCUGACCUGGAGCCAGUAGAUGCUCUCCAAGGAGGACAGACGAAACCAGCAUCCAGCAGCACAAACUACGAUGAUGCAGUGCAGUUCCUGAAGAAGAAGAGGUAUCUCCAGCAGGCCACUUUGUCCAACAACCGCAAUUAUGCCCUGAAUGUAAGCAGCAUCACGUCCCAGCCUUCCAUUAGACAAGCCGCAGUGGCCACUGUCAUCGACGAAACUGUUCCCGCCACCAUCUUGGAACCCCAGCCGUUGAGCAUCGAGAUCAAGUCCAACCACGACAAGAACGUUCUCCCGGAUGAGGUUCUCCAGACUCUCCUGGACCACUACUCAAACAAGGCCAAUGGGCAACCUGAUAUCUCUUUCAGUGUGGCUGACACGGAGGUGACCUCCAGCAUCUCCAUCAACUCCUCGGAUGUGUCUGAGGCCAGCCCGGUAGAGAGCCUGGGAGGUAACCCUCAAGCCCCACCAGCAGAGAAGUCUAGCCUCCUGCAUGAGUACUCAAAGUUCCUUCAGCAAGCACUGGAGAGGACCAGCCAGAAUGAUAGCUACUUGAGCAGCCAGAGUCUUACCUUUGUCACCGAGAGCCCCAGUCUCUCCAACCAGCCUCUGUUCUCCACAGAGAAACAGAACCCUUCCCCCAGCAGGUUUACCACUGGUAGGUCAGGGAUGAACUCUCCACUACGCUCUACCUUGGAGAAACCCCAUUUUGGACUACUUGUAGGGGAUUCCCAGCACUCUUUCUCAUUUUCAGGGGACGAAACGACCCCCUCAGCUGUGUCGCCAACCGAAGACUUUCUGGAGGAAGUUGCAUCCUCGAAAAAGACUGAUGCUCAAGGGUUGCAUCAGACUUUUCAAAUCAGCACCUUCGAUCAGAACUUCCGGUCACAGUUCCAGGCCUCGUCACGUUCUGGAAUCACCUCCCAAUUUACUAUUGCCAAUGGACAAGUCAGUCUGCGAAGUCAUGGAACAGACUUCUCUGAAUUCUCCCUUGAGACGAGGUCUCAAUUGAACUCUUCCCCUGAUGCUACAACAAGGAGUCAAACGUUUGGUUGAGGGUAUUUUUUAUUUAUUUCUGCGAUCAUUUUGGAAGGCACUUUCAUAUACCCAUCCUCUGUUCUGCCAAAAUAGGUUUCACUGCAAAGGUGGCUGUUGCUCAAAGCAUUUGUGAUAAAUAUAUAUAUAUAUAUAUAUACUUUUCUGUUAGAUGGUCCAUUUUGGUAAUCAUUAAAAUAGGGGGGUAUCUGUAUGAGAAGCACUUUCCCAUAUGUAAUUGGGUUGCGGGGGGAAAAGCACUCAUGGGGUUUAUUAGAUUGUAAAUUAAGAAAUGUAAGCUACAAAGGUGUAAUGAAAAGGAUUUGGUUGCAUAGUAAUAACUCUUACAUUAUAAUUAUUUCUCUGUUUUCAUUUUCUAAUCGACUUUAAUCAUGUUUCUUCCACCUUUUUCUUUCUUUAACUCUCAUCAGAUAUCUGGGUCUGUAUUUAUAAAGCAUCUCGGAGUAGUAGUGCUGAUCUAGGAUCAGCUUUUCCUUUUAGAUCAUCAUGAAUAAGACUGUAUGGAUGGGGGGUUGCCUGGCUACCAAUCAACAUCACUUGCCUCCCCCAAUGAUUUGUAGAAUGCAAGCACAUUCUGACCUAUCUAAUUCGUCCCAGAAACCAAUUAGUUGUUCUAGGGCCAGCCAACGUGACGUUAUCAACUGUGAUACUCUGAUUAGAUUUGUUAGAUGACCCAAUUGCCAUUGAAUUUGUUUUGUACAACUCCCUUCAUUUUGAAGUCGCACAAACAACUUCUAGGAUUGUAGGUUUCGGACAGAAUGUAUGUAGCGAUCGAUAGGGCAGCGGAAAUACAUUUGGGGUGAGUCGUUAAGCAAGGUGGCUGAUCCUAGAUCAGCACUCUUACUCUGAGGCCCUAUGAAUACGGGGCCUGUUACCGUAGGCCAUGUCAAUAUAACAGUUCUGAGAUUCUUCUAAAGUCUUGCUAUAUAACUGCUGAAUGUAGUGUUGUCCACUUGUUGAUAAUGUACAGUAUACCUGCUGUAAGACCUUUUCGUUUCAGUUUAUCUGAACAGAAUUCAUUUCAAAUUCAUGUAAAGAAUGUUUUUUUCAGUUGCUUGCUAAAUUCCUUUUUCAUGGUGUGUAGCCUGAAAUAUGAUUUUAUUUGUAUUUGAUCUUUUGAUUUAAUAAGUCUUAGUUUAAAGUCACUUGAUUCAAAGCUCUCCCCUGGAAGAAAUGUAUGGUGGUUGGUGUGGAAUGAAGUACACUACAUAACCAAAAGUAUGUGGACACCUGCUCAUCAAACAUCUAAUUCCAAAAUCCUGUGCAUUAAUAUGGAAUUUGUCCCCCCUUUGCUGCUAUAACAGCCUUAUGGGAAGGUUUUCUACUAAAUGCUGGAACAUUGCUGCAGGGACUUGGUUCCAUUCAGCCACGACUAUCAGUGAGGUUGGGUGAUUAGGCCUGACUCGCAGUUGGGUUUCCAAUUCAUCCCAAAGGUGUGCGAUGGGGUUGAGGUCAGGGCUCUGCAGGCCAGUCAAGUUCUUCCACAACGAUCUUGACAAACCAUUUUUGUAUGGACCUCGCUUUGUGCACGGGGAUAUUGUUAUGCUAAAACAGGAAAGGGCUUUCCCCAAACUGUUGCCACAAAGUUGGAAGUACAGAAUUGUCUAGAAUGUCAUUGUAUGCUGUAGUCUUAAGUUUUCCCUACAGUAAAGGACCUACUCUGAACCAUGAAAAACAGACUGGGAUCAUUAUUCCUCCAUCAAACUUUACAUUUGGCAUUAUGCAUUGGGGCCGGUAGCGUACUCCUGGUAUCAGCCAAACCCAGAUUUGUCCGUCGGACUGCCAUAUGGUAAAACGUGAUUCAUCACUCCAGAGAACGCAUUUUCACUGCCCGAGAGUCCAAUGGCGGCUAGCUUUACACCACUCCAGCCAACGCUUGGCAUUGCGUAUGGUGUUCUAAGGCUUGUGUGUGGCUGCUCGGCCAUGGGAAAGUAUUUCAUGACGCUCCUGACAAACAAACCAUUUUUGUGCUGAUGUUUCUUCCAGAGGCAGUUUGGAACUCGGUAGUGAGUGUCAAUGUUUGUCUGUAGAGAUUCCAUGGCUGUGUGCUAGAUUUUAUACACUUGUCCGCAACAUGUGUGGCUGAAAUAGCCCAAUCCACCAAUUUAUAGGGGUGUCCACAUACUUUUGUGUCUGUAUAUAGUGUAUGCCAUUCUUCAUCCAAAUCAAUAGUACUUGAUAGAAAUAGGUUGGUCUUGACCAUUCUAAAUAAUCUAAAGAUACUAAACAAAUGUAAUUUGUCUGAAUAUUAAAUUAUGUUUGCACAAUGUACCUUAAGUGAGGUUAAUUGUUGAUCUUUUUAGGGUUUAGAUCAUGGUUCAAAUGAGAACCUAAAUGCUUUGUUAUUUGUCAUCAAAAUGUUAUACAGUUAUGUUGCAUGCAGUUAUUGGGAAACAAAUCAUGGUUCAUUACAGAUGUAUCAAUCUAAGCAGUCACUGGAGACUUAAGUCUCUCUAGAAGGUUUUGGUAGUCUUACGGCUGUUUUCCCAGUAGCAAGUGAAGACUACAAGGGGAAAAAUCCAUGAGUAGAGUGGGAAAUUACCCUGUAAAGUUAUAUCAAAUAAUCAUUGUGUUCUGUACACACUUUAUUACGGGUGAAUGUAUGUCAGCGUAAGUAGGUUUCCAUCCAGUUGGUGACAGAUUUUCAUGCGAAUAUUCUGAACUCUGCAUUAAAAACAAUAUGCACAUUUUCCCACCGGAGAUGUUUACAACUAAUUAACUUGUUGUGGAUAAAAGGCUGUGCGUGAUGACGUCGUCCCCAUAACUUUUGAGAUUAAUUUAAAAAUCGCGUUUUCAACUCUUUGUUUUGUCCCACCCAAAUGUUAUUAUAUAGGGAAUGUUCCAACUCUGGUCUUUGCAUGUGUUUUCUAUAGCCAACAGCUCGCAGACACAUCUACAUGAUGAAAUUAUGGAUAAGAGCGAGAAUAUUUGUUAAAUGGCGGCCAAGCAUAGAUCAUCAUGUCACUAGAAUAAGACACUCAAUAUAUUUUUUGGAAAACAACGUCAAGCUUGCACUUUCACCAUCCUGUUAAGUUCAUAACUUAUUUCAUCUGUAGCCUAAUAAACUGCAUGCUUUCCCGACGAGUCGAAGUGGGAGGACCACACACCAUAUCAUGUACUGAAACUUCUGCUUUCCAUCACAACUAUCGUGAUUAUUUUAUACGUUUUGACUUUACUCACAAAAAAACUGUUGCUGGAAACUUGAUUUGUUUUUGUAAGAGAAUUGCCCAUUCCGCAGUACUUUAUAUCCUACAUUGCACAUAUAGUUGUAAGAGAUUCAAGUUUGUCUUUCAUUUAGGCUCCUCUCCUGGAAAAUAUCUGUUUUAGUUGUCAUCAGUGCCUUUUUAAAAAUAUUUCCAGCCAUCCCCAUAUGUUUCAUAGUCAUUUUUGGUGACUGUCAAUGAAAUAUACUAGCCCCAUCUGCACUUUCUGAAACAAACCCAAUUUAAUGUUAAAGUGGAAAGUGGAACUUUCUGCUCUUUAAAAGGACGUCCCUUUCAAACAUUUUACCCCUCUGGCUAUUACAGCAAAGACUGACCACUGGCAUCUCUUCCGAUUUUCUAUCUUUUGUAGCACAGAUAUGAUAAAACAUUUAUCUACAGGUAAUUGAUUGUUAGGGUGUUUUUAUCUGUGUGCUCUCACAUUAGCAAAAGUGCUAGGAUGGCUUUUAGUGGCCAAGAAAGUUCAGAAAAUUAAGAUUUGAAUUGCACGAUGACAUUUUAAGUGAAUGGUUAUUUCUUUAUAGCUAUUACUGUAUUACACACUGCCUAACUUUCUGAAUAGUUGUGCAUAUUUGGCAGAGGUUACAGAAAAGGUUUGAGAUAUAUUUUGUUGAGUCUCUCUUGCAUUGUUGGGUUUCUAUUGUAUUUGUUGUAACAGAUUGAUAUAAUUGUUGCAUGUGAAGCGAAACACAAUAACAGCCACUUUUGAAAGUGACCUUGACAAAAUGAAAUGGUUUGAAAAUAUUUUUCUUGUUAUAUUGCCUAAGUCAUUUCGGACUUGCUAUUUUGUCUUGCAUUAUGUCUUUCUUUUUGUGCUUUGUUGUUCAUGUCUUUUAAAGUUAAAUGGUUUUGCUUAUAGAAUUGAUAGCUACCGUCAUGUUAGUUAUAUUAUGUCAACAUAGUGUUUUACAUCAAAUGCUAGCUCUCACUUGUUACAUUUCUACUGACAAUCAGGGACAAAUAAUACCCUCGUUCUGGAUUCAACAGCUACUAAACUUUACUCUGUAAACAUUCCCUCUGUAGAAUGUAUAGAUAGUUGGUAUCUCUGCUGUAAAUAAGUAGAAUAUCUUUGGCUUGUGUAUUUUCAGUUCUGGACAACCUGGUGGUUGUAGCUACAGUGAGGACUGGUGUACAAUGUUUUAUGGAGCCACUUUUCAUUAGAUUUUCAAUGCAGUUUAAUGUUUGUCACUUCAUGUUCUGUGAAACCAUAGGUUUUUUCCACCUAUUUUUUUAUUUUAUUUCCCUCAUUAGUGAUUUGACCAGCUAUGAUUUGACUCGCAGUAAUUAAAGUCCGCCCAUCCUUACAUGAAAUAAUAGUUCCAGUAUUGUAGUGUGGACUGGACUGUCAGUUUGAAGAAUACCUGGGGCAUCAUCCUCGUAAAUUCAUCAACAAUUGAUUAUUCAAUGUUGUGGCAUAUAACUGAAAUGUUGACCUGUAGUCAGUCAUGAGAUGUGAAAAAUGUUUUAAUUUGAGUUUUUUUCAUUUCAUUUUUGGCUCCGUUAUCUGAUUGUAUGGGUUUAAGUUUUCAUCUAAACCUACUGUACACCGGUGAAAGAAAGCACUUUCAAAAGCACGGUGUAUAGUUGUAUGUGUAUUUUUCCACGACUAUCUUAGAUUUGAACUUACAGUAUAAGUUUGAGACCCAAAAUGUUCCUUCUUCAACUGCAUACCGAGGGAACUGAAAAGAUUCCUCAUGGUUGUGAAAAAGCAACCCAUUUUUGGGACAGUUCCACCACGUACAGUAACCCCCUAUCCAUAAACUGACCAUAAGUGUCCUUGUAUAAGCUGGGAAAAAAUGAAACCAUCAGAUUGGGGGGAAAAGUAUAAAUGUUAAACUUUUUGAUAGAUGCUUUCUUCUAUUUUUGAAAAAUAUGUUGCUUGUAAAAAGGCUCUGAAGUAUGUAUGUCAUAUAGUCAUUAUUGCAGACAGUCCUCAGUUAAUAUUUUGGAUAUGUUGAGCUUCUUUGGCAGUUGUGGACAAGAGCUUCUUCCUUUGAGACGGAGUUAUUUUGACUCAGAUCUUCUAUCAUUGAGCUACAGAAGGUAGGAUAGUAAACUCAUUGUUAGUCAAGUUAUGAUGAAUUAUUAUAUUUCACAGAUGGUUGAUCAAAAGCAAGAUGUUGAUUUGCAUGGUCUUUUAGUUGUCGAUUCGAUUGAACUGGAUAUUAUAUGUAAUGUACUGCUUUAAUUGUAGCUUAUUUUAUUUCAGUAAAGUUCUAUUAGAUUUAUGCAAUAUAUUAUAUGGACUUGUGAAAAAUCUGAUUCUUCAAUUGUUGGUUUUUGAUUCUUUAUCAUGUCCUUCCAAAUAAAAAUAAUUAUCCAUA